AGCGGGGUGAAAUCUCGGGAGCUGUGUGAAAGCAAGCGGAGAGAGGAACAAACAGCGUGAAGAUUUAAAAACGUGCAUUUAAUAGACGGCGUUCCUGCAACGUUUUUGCAAGAAGGCAGUCCCUUAACUAAAGAUUAUUUAAAGUUGUUUGACGACGAAAAUAUUUUAAGUAGCCCCUCUUUUCGUAACUUGGGACAAAGUUUUAAGUAGGCUGCACGACUCGGAGCACCUCAGAGCAUAAAGUGAAGUCGGUGGUCGGCAGUUGGUUCUGCAGGAAUGUCGCAGAAAGAGAGACCCGAGUUUUAUCGACAAGACGUCAACAAGACGAUAUGGGAAGUCCCGGAGAGAUACCAAAACCUGUCUCCGGUUGGCUCUGGCGCCUACGGAUCAGUGAGUUCUGCUUUUGAUGUGAAGACUAGUUUGAAGAUAGCUGUGAAGAAGCUCUCUCGGCCGUUUCAGUCCAUCAUCCACGCAAAGAGAACAUACAGAGAGCUGCGGCUGCUUAAGCACAUGAAACAUGAAAAUGUGAUUGGCCUCCUAGAUGUUUUCACACCUGCUACUUCUCUUAAGGAAUUCACUGAUGUGUAUCUUGUGACUCACCUAAUGGGGGCAGAUCUCAACAACAUAGUGAAAUGUCAGAAACUCACAGAUGACCAUGUGCAGUUCCUUAUAUACCAGAUCCUCAGAGGGUUAAAGUAUAUCCACUCAGCAGACAUCAUUCAUAGAGAUUUGAAACCGAGUAAUCUGGCGGUGAAUGAAGACUGUGAACUGAAGAUUUUGGACUUUGGUUUAGCGCGGCACACUGAUGAUGAGAUGACUGGGUACGUGGCCACCCGCUGGUACCGUGCCCCAGAGAUCAUGCUGAACUGGAUGCACUACAACAUGACAGUGGAUAUUUGGUCAGUGGGGUGUAUAAUGGCAGAACUCCUCACUGGAAGAACACUGUUUCCUGGCACUGACCACAUUGAUCAGUUGAAGCUAAUCAUGCUGCUCGUCGGAACACCAGGGCCCGAGCUCUUGAUGAAAAUAUCUUCAGAGUCUGCCAGGAACUACAUCAGCUCCUUGCCACACAUGCCCAAGAGGAACUUUGCUGACGUGUUCAUUGGAGCCAACCCACAAGCUGUGGACCUGCUGGAGAAAAUGCUGGUUCUGGACACAGACAAGCGGAUAACUGCAGCCGAGGCUCUGGCUCACCCCUACUUCGCUCAGUACCACGACCCCGACGACGAGCCGGAGGCCGAGCCAUACGACCAGAGCUUUGAGAGCCGCGAGCUGGAGAUCGAAGAGUGGAAACGAUUAACCUACGAGGAGGUGUGUAGUUUUGAGCCACCCAUCUUCGACGAGGACGACAUGGAGUAAUGAGACGUGCCACCCGCAGCGACCCCAACCUCCUAUAGUUGAAAACAACCUCGAACGUGUGCAUUAGUGUUAAACGAACUCUCCUCUCCUAUUCGAGCGCCUGGCAACCUUCGGCAGUCAUUAUUAACCGAGAAACGGUGUCUUGUAAGGUGAUCAUUACCAGCGUGGGGGAAAGGAAGAGUUUGACCAAUUAUCAUUAUUUUUAUUUAUGAACCACUAAUGUUGAUGGUCUGUCGCUGGGAAAUAUCACUUCUUGCCAUUAGCUGAAAUUAUUUUAUAUCCUUUAGAUUUUUCUUGUUUUAAGACUAGACUUUGAUGACUCAUCACUGUGACACUGAGAUGCUGAAACGCCUGGACCUACAGCUGUGCUAUUUUGUGUUUCAAAUUUUUCUAUUGAUUAACUUAUAAAUAAGCUUUUUGUUGUCUCUCAAUUGAAAAAGGAUUAUGCUGGUCUGCCACUCACCCUGCCAAGCUGUCACACAUAGCACUGGGUCACAUGUAUUUGUAAACUGAGUCUUGAUUCAGUUAUCGCCAUGAUUGUUCUUAUAUUUAAAAAGAAAUCACUUUGAAGGGUUUCAUAUCUGUGACAGUAGAUUUUAUGUUUUUAGGUAUUUGACAAUAUGAGAAAUGUGCCUGUUCUGUGUAGUCACUGACCUUUUAGUGCUCACCGACUGAACUUCACACAUUUCAAUGUUUAUUUGGAUAGUUUAGAUGCUCUGUGAGACUCAUACAUAUUGUGGCUGCACAGAAUAUUUGAGCCUGUGCCGUUCAAGUACAGCGCUAUUCAACAAGGCACCUAAAUAGGAAAAAAGAUAUUCAUGCGUACAUGCUCUGCUCAAAAAUUUGUAAAUAUCUGUGCCAUAUUUUUUAAAAUCUCUGACUUGUUGUCAUUAUGUUAUGAAGCAAUCAUUUUUAGUCUGUACAUCAGUUAGACUUUGUGUGCGUUUGCGAGAGUGUGUUGUUGGUUUACAGGAAUUUUGAGUGUCAUGCUAAAACCUCUAAUAGAUAUACUGCUUAAAUGUGUAAAAGAGGGAGUUCAGAUGUAUUUAUACUUUGUGGAGGUGGUAUUUAUAAACAACAAUCAAAAGAUCCCUUAAACUAUUUUCAGUCCUGCAGAGUAACUACUAUCUUCAGUCCUUUGUUUAACAAAAUAAAGACUUAUUUUCAA